AAAGUCUAAAAAAACCUCUCCUUCUCUCUCUCUCUCCGAGGAAAGACCGAAACAAAAACUAAUCCAAGUGGGAACCAUAUAAAAUAACCAAAACCGACGAAACCAACCCUCCUCCUUCUUCUCUCGCUCUCUCUCUCUUCCUAUAAUAUAUAUUUUACUCAAACAUCACUCUCCCAUGAACCCAACCGUAAAACCUUGUCAAACUCCAAUUCUCUGAAGACACAAAAACAAAGAAAACAAAAAGAAAAAAAAAAUGCCUUCAUCACUACAACUCCACAGAAUCAACCCAAACAACCCCACCGACUUUCCUGGCUCGGCUUCCAUCGGCUGCCACAAGCAAUCCCUACGCGCCGCUGCGCCGGCGUUCCCUCCGGUGCCGGACUCAGUAGCCGGCCACCACGCCCACGCUGUCGCCGCCAACCAGUGCUGCUCCUCCGUGGUCCAGGCCGUCGACGCGCCGGUGGCCACCGUUUGGUCCGUCGUCCGGCGUUUCGACAACCCUCAGGCGUACAAGCACUUCCUCAAGAGCUGCCACGUCAUCGACGGCGACGGUGACGUCGGCACGCUCCGCGAGGUCCACGUUGUGUCGGGGCUCCCGGCGGCGUGCAGCACCGAGCGCCUCGAGAUCCUCGACGACGAGCGCCACGUCAUCAGCUUCAGCGUCGUCGGCGGCGACCACCGCCUCAACAACUACCGAUCCGUCACCACGCUCCACUCCAGCGGCGGCAACGGGAACGGGACAGUUGUCGUUGAGUCGUACGUCGUUGACGUACCACCCGGUAACACUAAGGAAGAGACCUGCGUUUUCGUCGACACCAUCGUACGGUGCAAUCUCCAGUCGCUGGCUCAGAUUGCCGAGAAUAUGGCGAGAAAUAACAACAACAACAAGAAGCUCUCAUGAGAUGAUACGAGAAACGAGAUGAGAUUGUGAUUAUGAUUUGUUCGUAUUAUAUAUAAUAUUACGGUUCUUUCUUUCUUUUUUGGUUUCCAAUAUAUGAUCUGGGUUGUUUUGGUCGCUGUACACCGUCGGAUUAUGAUGUCAUGAUUGGAAAUUUGUAGAUUUUUGUUAGGUGAUCUGAUCAAUAGGGGGGCUUUUCUUUUGAUGAUCGUCGUCGUCGGGGUUUGCAAUGGUUGAAGGUGAUAUAGUAUGAUUCUGUGUAUAUGUUUUAGUACUGGUUCUACUUUACCAUCGAAAACCCUUAUGAAAGAUUAAUGUUCCUUUAA